GCAGCACUGUUCUUUUUCAAACGUCAGUAGCUUGAGUAAGUUAAGUAUGGCCAAGCAGAAGGGUGAUAAAAAAGGCAAAUCUGCCAUAAAUGAAGUAGUAACUAGAGAAUAUACCGUAAAUCUUCACAAGAGGUUACAUGGUAUUAGUUUCAAAAAACGUGCCCCUCGUGCUAUUAAGGCUAUUCGUCAAUUUGCUUUAAAACAGAUGGGUACCCCAGAUGUCAGAGUUGACACGAGACUUAACAAACAACUAUGGUCUAAAGGAAUAAGGAAUGUUCCUUUCAGAGUACGUGUACGUCUUUCCAGAAGGAGAAACGAUGAUGAAGAUUCUGUGAACAAAUUGUACACUCUUGUAACAUAUGUUCCAGUAGCAACAUUCAAAGGUUUACAGACAGAAAAUGUUGACGCAAGUCAAGAAUAACUUUAAUAAAUAUUUUUAGUUAU